UGUGCUCUUGUUUGACGUUCAAACUGAUUCAUUGAAUAAGAUAAGGAUCAGUGAUGAUUAAAGUCAUGAUAAUCACAUAACCAUGAGUAAUUCAUUCUAAUUCCAUAAAAAAAAAACAGUGAAAAUGCCGUCAGUAACGAAACAAAUUCAGCCGCAGUUGCUGACAACAAAAGAAUUUUACCUAGGUUUAACGUUAGCAAUCAGUUCGUCCCUUUUUAUAGGCAGCAGCUUUAUUAUUAAGAAAAUUUCACUACAAAGGCUAAACAAGAAUGGAAAUUUAAGGGCUGGCGCAGGUGGUUUUGGAUAUUUGAAAGAUUGGUUAUGGUGGUUGGGGUUAUUAACAAUGGGGGUUGGUGAAUUGGCAAACUUUGCAGCUUACGCAUUUGCUCCGGCAUCCUUGGUUACACCACUUGGUGCACUCAGUGUUUUGGUUUCAUCUAUUUUGGCUGAUUGUGUUUUGAAUGAAAAAUUGAAAAAAACAGCGAAGAUUGGAGGUUUGCUGUGUAUUGUAGGUUCCACAAUAAUGGUAUACUUUGCUCCUAAAGAGGAGCAGGCGGAAACACUAGAUGAAUUCUUUCAAAACGUACAAAACACCGCAUUUGUACAGUAUGUGGUAAUAAUUUUAGUAAUUUCGAUGGCAAUAAUAUGUUGUGUGGGUCCAAAAUAUGGUAACCGAUACGCCAGUGUUUAUAUAACUCUUUGUUCUGCAAUUGGAAGUUUGUCUGUUGUCGCCAGUAAAGGUUUAGGACUAGCCAUUAAAUCCCAUUUAACUGAUGGAUCGUCGGAUAGUUUAAGUUUAUUAUCGGUAAUACUCCUAGUUGUGAUCGUCGUGACGUGCAUCCUCAUUCAAAUGGAUUAUUUGAACAAAGCCUUGGACAUUUUCUCGAUAAACGUGGUCACUCCGAUUUACUACGUAAUGUUCACGACUCUGGUCAUUGUCGCGUCCGCGAUUUUGUUCAAGGAAUGGCGAACAAUGACUGAGCUGCACAUUUUCGGCGCCCUUUUCGGAUUCUUCACAGUUGUUGGGGCUGUGAUUUUACUGAAUGGCCAAAAGGAUUAUGAGCCAGUUCCUUUAAAUAAAGGAUUCAAUCAUACUUAUGGUUCCAGUUAUAACGCUUGACAUUUUCAGAUCUGAUGUUUGUCGUUAUUAUUUAAAAUAUUCGUUGAAGCAAUAAUUGAUAUUUGUGAAAUUCAAUUCCCUAAUUGUUUUAAUUAUGUUUAUUGAGAAAUUCCGGUGACUCAAUUUGUGAUAAUGAUUGUAAAUAUGUAUGUAAAUAAUGUAUUCAUUGCAUUCCUAGCAAAGUAUAUUUGCAAUGUGGUUUUUAACGUGAAAUAUAGUUUAAUUCAAUAGGUUGACAUGUAUGUAAAUUUGUUUCUAUUUCAGUUUUAUCUCAUUUCUAGUCAAAUAUAAUAGAGAUUAGUAUACAGUACGAAAAGACUUUGUUCCAUCUAAAUUCUGAAAGAGACAUCAUGUUCAAUAGAGACAGUAAGUCUUCCACCAUGGGACAGACUUUUACUGUCUCUGUCAUGCAUGAUGUCUCUGUCUAAAUUCAGACGGGUCAAACGCUUUUCCUACUUUAUAGUAUUUUUAGUAGUAUUUGGUAUUUAAUGAUAUUGUUUAGAGAAUUUUAAUGAACUUUUGUGAAAUGUAUUUUUUAAAAUGACAGUGAUUCAAUAUAUUUAUUUUUUGUAAUUAAUUUUAUAG